AUGUACGACGACUUGAGCAUCGACAAAUCGAACACAGUGUUCAUGCCCUCCGAAACCCAACAAGAAUCGGUCUACUGGAACAACUCUACCCCCAAUCCUGAUGACUUUUCUACGAUCAACUCCAGUGUCGUGUGCAGCAACGAGUACUGUGUCUCAGACGAGGACUACAUUGAGAUGAUCGAGGCCUACAUAUUCCCGAGCGCCUCAGAAUGGUUCCUCAUCGCAUGCCACACACUCGUAUUCGUAGUCGGACUCAUAGGCAACGCGUUGGUGUGUGUCUCGGUCUAUCGCAACCAUAGCAUGCGGACAGUGACAAACUAUUUCAUUGUGAACUUGGCCGUGGCUGACUUUCUAGUCAUUUUGGUUUGCCUGCCUCCCUCCGUGCUAUGGGAUGUCACAGAAACUUGGUUCUUUGGAAGCCUGAUGUGCAAAUUGGUGCUUUAUUUACAGAGCGUGUCCGUUUCAGUGUCCGUUCUCACCCUCAGCUUCAUCUCUGUGGAUCGUUGGUACGCCAUUUGUCACCCACUCCAGUUCAAAAGCACGGCUUCUCGCGCCAAGAAGGCGAUUGCCCUCAUAUGGCUGGUAGCCUUAGGCUUGGGGUUGCCCGACGUCCUUUUCUUGGAUAUUCGACCGGGUCCAGUCCCAAUGUACUUAACAGACUGUGCUUACACAUGGCCUGAAUUUUAUACUCGUUGGCACCAGCUGCUUGUGGUGUUCUUCCUCUAUUUCUGUCCCUUCUUGUUAAUGAGCUUCUUCUACUACCAAAUCGUUAAGGUGCUCUGGAACAGGGACAACAUACCAGGCAGUGGUGAAACACUGCAUUCCAGACAAAUCAGAACAGCGGUGGUCAGAAGCAAUGACAAUGGUGCGGUCAGCCUAACCUGCAACGCGACCACCAGUUCUCCUUCCUCCUCGGGGGGUGGCGGCAGCAGCGGGGGCGUCGAGGGCCAGAUUCGAAGUCGGCGGAAGGCCGCGAAGAUGAUCAUCGCUGUGGUCGUCCUCUUCCUCCUCUGUUACUUCCCCGUCCAUCUCAUCAACACGCUCAGGUACACAACUGGCCUUCCUCAAACCCAACUCAAUACGGUGAUGUCUCUUGCUUCGCACUGGCUCUGCUACGCCAACAGCGCACUCAAUCCUAUCAUAUACAACUUUAUGAACGGUAAGUUCCGUCGAGAAUUUCGAAGAUCAUUUUGCUGCCUGUGCAACCCAGAAGUGGACACGCAAACUCCCACUCAGACACAGACUAUGAGACUAGUGUGAAAGAUCAAGGAAAGUAGACUUUCUG